AUGAGCGACAGAUUGGGGGCUACUUUAGCAGCUGCUAGCGAGGGGCUAAAUUUGGGGCAGGAUGCGGGGACUGACAUUUCAUCCACAACCCUGCUGCGGCUCCUCGGAGGCGUCGUCGUGGCCACCAAAUGUGCAGACCAGGGCACCGUGUCGGGCGUGGAGACGUGGAUUGCGUCAGUUGGCAGCGAGCGCACUAAUCGGUCGUGGCUAGAUUGGCUUACCCUGGCCGAUGGAGCAUUUCCUGCGGACGGUGGUGACAGCAUCGGUGACAAAACUCGCCAGGUGGGCGCGACCACAUAUGCACGGCACCUGGUCCGUCUCACGGUCGCCAUCGGCCAUCUCCGCAAUGCAUCCCGGCGCAACGUGCCCGUGGCCCCCGAGACUCUGGGACAGAUCUGGGCCAUCGUACGCGACGCCCUCACGGGCAUCCAGGACACGACGAACACCGCAGCAUCCGCGACUGGUACGACUCGGCCGCUGGGUGCUGCCAUGCGCAGUUCACAGGGAUUUCUACACGUACCACUGUACAGCAUCGUCAAGGACGGCGACAUUGACGAACUGAUCCGCCUACAUGUGUGGCUGCCCGGCAAGCAAUCCCCGGCGGAUGCCGCGAAGAACGGCGAGGUGGGUGCUUUUACCGUACACUCGCACCAGCCGUUUGCUCAGAGCUGGAUCCUCGCCGGCGAAGGCACCGACCACCCCUACGCCGCCGAGCCCGUCGACACCGCUGGAGACGCCACGCAUGCGCGCUAUGCGCUGUCCUGGACGGGCCCUGUGGACGGCAAGGACAAUGGCAACGACACCGACACCGGCACGGUCUACAAGACGCACCAGACCGCGUCGACCGUGCGCAACCGCGGUCUCUAUGUGCGCGCGACGCCCCUGGCACCCGUCCGCCGCGGGCCGGGCAGCACCUACACCAUCCCCGCCGCCGCGUACCACUGGACCGAGGCGGCCCCCGGUGCCCUCCACGCGACGCUGUUCUUCUUUGAUGCCAGCCGCGGCUUUGUCCGCGACGCCGACGUGCUGGGCCCCGUCGACGGCGACGGACACACGCAGGUCCGGGAUCCCGCGGGCGUGACGGCGGCAGCGCUGGCCAGCGCAGUCGAGCGUGUGCGACAGUGGGAGGCGCACAUGAGCCGUGCGCGGGCGCAUGCGCGGCGCGCAGACUGGGAGCCCGCCCUGCACGAGCUGGACAAGGCGCUGGCGCUGACAUCAGAGGCGGACGACGGAGCCGGCAAAAGCGCCGACGACACAUUGUUCCCCAAUGCAGCACACUAUCGAUGUACUGUGCACGGCGAGAUGGGCAGCACCAACCGCCGCUUUGGUCGCUAUGACGUGGCUGCGGGCUUCUUGGAGGCAGCAUUGGCCGAGAUGGCGCGGGGCGAAGCCGAGGAUGGACACGCAACGGGACCACAACGGCUCGAGGUCAGCGGCGAGCUCGGUGUGGUCUACCGCCACAUGGGGCGCCUGCGCGAUGCUGAGCACGUGCUGCAGAUCCAGUACACGACGGCCCUAGCUCUGGGCGCCGACGCGGCCGCGUGUCGCGCCAUUGGCAACCUCGGCAUGGUCAACUAUCAGCUGUCACAGGAGGAUCCACGCCAGGCCGGCCAGAUCGAGACACGCAGCGAGGACCCCAACCAGGACCGCCUGGCCACGGCAAUCGAGCAGCUGCAGGAGCGCGUCGCACGGGCGCGCCGCCUCGGCAACGACCCGCACGCGGCGCUGUGGGAGGCCAUAGGUCUGCAGCGACUGGCGCUGUGCUACGCCGCCACGGGGCGGCCGGGCGACACGCGGCGUGGUGUGGAGAGCGCCGAGGCCGCCUUUGCGCUGACUGCCGACUCGCCCGACCCGACGGUGGUGGCGUUUUCGAGCCUGUUCCUGGGCCGCGCCCUGGCCGCAGACCAGACCGAGCAGACGACCCACGCCGACCGCGUGCGCGCGGCCAAGUAUCUGUCCGGCGCAUGGCUGCCUGCGGGCCGCUGCACGCCCGCCAUUGCGCUGUGCAAGGAGCCGUCGGCCGAGCACCGGUCGUACCUCGCCGAGCUGAUUGCCUUUUCGGCGUCGCACGCGGAGUGCGCCGGCCUCGACGCGGGCCUCGACGCCGUCGACGAGAACGGGUACACGGCGCUCGACUACUGCGUGUUCAACGGCGACGGGGCGACCGAAGCGCUCGUCGUCGAGGCCCUCCAUCGCCAGCUGCACGCGCGCGCCGACAGCGCCCUGGCAGAGCGCCGCACCGAGGCCCGCCUGCGCAAGGGCUACCGCGAGCUCUUCCAGGACGUGAUGCGGCCGGUGCUCUUGAGCACCAAGGACAAGGGAGCGCCCGCGGUGGACACCCUGACACGACUGCGCAGCGUCUACGCCAACGCGCUCGAUGCCUCACCAGCGUCGCCCGGCUACCGCGGCGUUUUUGACGACUUCAAGUGCGUGCCCUACCGUGCGUUUGCCGUGGCCGGCCACCUGCCCGGCGGCGCCGACAACCUCGCCCGACGUGUUGCGGCCCCCGUGGACGGCGGGACGGUCGAGGACAGCCCCGACAGCGUGGAUGCCGUCGACUACGUCGUCUUCAUCUCGUACCGCUGGAUCAACGUCACACGCGACGCCACGGCGCCCGACGACGCCGCCCACACCCAGUACCGGCGCAUCUGCGCGGCGGUCGAGGCCUUUUUGCAGCGGCACGCCGACGUCACGGCAGACCGGCUCGGCCUUUGGAUUGACCACGCUUGCGUCGACCAGACCAACCCCGCGCCCGGCAUCGCCGCUCUGCCCAUGCUGGUCGCCCAGUGCAACGCCGUCAUCAGCCUGACCAGCGCCGACUAUUACGACCGCGCCUGGUGCUCGGUCGAGGUCAUGAUGGCGCAGGUGCUGUGCCGUGCCUACGGGCUGCACGCAUGGUACGAGCACGUCGUCGACGCGGACAGCCACGGCACGCUGCGCCCGGGGCCCAUGGACAUUGAGAUCAACAUGGCCCACAAGGUCUUGGCGUUUGAGUCGGACCGGCCCCGGAUUUUAUUCUUGGAGCGGCAGGCCAAGCUGUUGGGGUAA